CAGGAUCGGAGUACAUCCUUCUGACGGAGUAUCAGAACUACCUAUAGUUUCUCUAAGAUCUCCAGGAGCAGGCCUAGGUUCUGUAGGAGCUGGACCAAUCCUCAACCGGAGAUACCGUCUAGCUUCUCCUCUUAUUAUCCAAUCCUUUAGAGAUAAAAACAUAGAAGUUCAUCCGGAUACUCUCACUCAUUCAGAUCUUUCCAAUCCUUCUCAUCUUUCUCAUCCUUCUCAUCCUUCUAAUCCUUCUCAUCCUGCUCAUCCUGUUCUUCCUACACCUAAUCAUUUCCAACAAUCAGAGUCAAGACCAACAACUCCUUCUCCUCCUUCUUCUCCUUCUUCUCCUCCAUCUUCUCUUUCUCUUUCUUCUUCGUCUUCUAUCUUCUCUGAAACACCAACAAAGAGAGUUUUUGAAGCUAUUUUUCCAGAAGAAGAUGAUCUGGUUGAGGAGAUGUCUCCCCCCCUUCCUGGUGCACCGGUUCAACUCUGGUCUCCAGACCCUGCUAGGUUCAGUAUCCUAGCCGCAGUGCCAGGGGAGGAGGAGGAGGAGGAGAAACAGCGGGUUUCGCAACUCCAGAGGAAACCUCAACCAAGAGAUUUUAUUUCCCAUCAGUUCAUGCCAGUUCCAGCUGUACCUAGAGAAGAUACUUCCACUCUUCCUAGUCCAACCUUACCCUUUAAUCUGCCUUCACUCACCUCCUCUUCUCCUCCCUUCUCCUCUACCCCUUCUACUCCUCUCUCCUCCACCUUCUCCCCUCCCUUCUCUUCCAACCCUGGUUCUCUGAGAUUACAGGAUGAGCCUUCCUUCCUUCGUGAACUAGUUGACGUAGUUCAAGAGGAGUUGAGCCGCAGACCGAAACAGACAGAGUCAACAAUAUCCAACCUUCCGUCCUUUAACUCUUUCUCAAACCCUUCCUCUACAAACUCAAUUAAAAACAUUCCUUCUCCUAAAUUUAUCUCCGAUCCUCCUUCAUUGAAGAUCAAUUCUAAACUUGCCUCCGGGUCUAAAUCUAGUACACGGAAAGCGUACAGAAGUUGCCAUGGUUCCUGCGUUCAAAAGUUUUGUCUCCCAGUUCAGGAUCUCCAGGUUUAUGAAACCUGUCAGAGUAAAUGUAGAGAUCUCUGCCUCUAACCAUCCUUUCUCCGAGGACACCCUUGAGCUGAGAGAAUCUGAACCUGGACAAUACAAUGAUGAACCGUGAUAAUAAUGAAUUUUAAACCCUGUAAUUGUAUUUUGUGAGAAUUAAGUCUUGACUGAGUGUGAACAAUUCCUAGAAAUAAUCCCCGGAAAACAAUUCUUCCCAUUGACUCAUUGUCUUUAUGGAUGGAUAGAAAGAUGGUUGAACGAAUGAAGUUGGAAAACUCCUGUAAUUAUUCGGUCUAUUGGCUGUAAAGAAUGUGUCCCAGCACAAUAAUAUAAAAUAAAUGCUUUAUUUAACCAGA